GUGAUGAGUCCAGCAACGACGCCAUACUACACGAAGCAUUUGGACCGCGCUAUCUAAGAUCAUGGAAGGAAAGGUCGCAAACAUUUUCAUGAAAGUUUUGAUCCUUUUGGUAUCAUGUAGCGAGCUUUUAUCAGGCUGGAAACAGGACAGCACAUCUUUGUUAAGAAGAACUGAAAGAAGCAAGUGCACUAAAAACGUCAGAAGCAGCAGUAAUUCCAGCUUUGUCGACAACCUUUUCCCAAAAAGCUAUGCCCCCUACAAACUCCAAUGUCAUUCAGCUUGUCAUGAAGUAAAGGCACAAUUCCAAUAUGCUGUGAUAAAAGUUGAAACCGUAGUCGUCGGCUGUCGUAAAACGCCGUUCCCAUCAAACGCAGAAAGAGUCUAUAACAUAGGCCAGGGUUACAAAUGGCAAUGCAAGAAAGGCUACAAUCCUGCCAUGGUUUACACGACCUACCUGGAGUAUGAAAGCCAUGACAAACUGGUUUAUAGAAAGGGCAAAGGCGUGUUAAUUGACUGCAUAAAGGCAAAUUAAUACAACAAUUUCAGUUUGUCGAGUGUCCUUCGACAAAUACAGUAAUUACAUAAAUGUAAUCAUUUCACAGUGUAGAGGUGUACUUAAGUAUAUUAGCGUAUGUUAAGCUCGUGUGUUCUUGCAUUGGAAGCCCAAUUUUAUAGCCAUACUGAAAUAAAUUAUUCUCUGUCAAAA